GGAACUGUCUCGGUGGGUACUAUUGAUGUCACAAUUUCCCGCUUUUAUCGACCGAGAAUGUCUAAAGUAGCCUUACUUCUUUUGUUGGCCUUCAUCGCCUUGGACGUGAAAUGCGCUCCCAACUUCAGGCGCAAAUGUAUGUUGUACAAUUUUCCUAAGCGGAUUAUUUCGAAGUUACUAAUUUGUACUACUCUCCUUUCUUGACACUUAUUUCUAAAGUAAUAUUGAGCGUUUUUGUUAUUUAGUUUGGUCACAAUAUUUUUCCAAGUCUUGGCAGAAGUGCAACAAUUAUCAUCCUCCUCUUGAAAGAACUAAAAUGUCGUUAGUGGUUACUAAAAUGAUCUAUAUUAGUUCGGAAAAGGAAUUUUUUCAUCUUGCUAAAUAAGUUUAACUUUUCGGCUGUAUACAUCUUUUCAUGCAUGUUAUUUUCAAAUUCACAUUUGAAUUGCUUGAAUUACUUUAAAAAACCCAUUCGAGUCUUUGAAACAGUUUAUUGACAUCGAAGUUCUGAAUGAUAAACUGAAAUUUUUUGCUAGGCUAAGCACUUUGAGUUCCCCAAGCUCAAUAAUUUAUCGCUUCAAAAUAGCUGUCUUUUCACUUAUAAAUUGUCCAUCAUUUUUGCCUUUUAUUAGCUGCGGAUAAAGUUUCACAAAACUUCAGCCCUAAACAUAUCACAGAUUAUCGUUAAACGCGCUCCAAACAUCACAGCAAUAAUGUUGAUGAUUGUCAUAAAUCAUUACUUAUCGAUGGAAAUUAUCGCAAAUUUUUCACUUUCAUAAGGCGCAAAUUUGUAUUAAUCUUGAAAACAAAAGCUGUUCAUUAUAACAUAUACCACUGUAGACUCCCAACUUGUCAAGCCAAGAGAGAACAAAGCACUUGUUACAAUUGGAAUUUUAGCCCAAAUGAUUGGCUGAGGGUUCCAUAGAGGUUUAUAACAUAAGUUUCUUUACCAUUCUUAUGUAGUUUUGAGUUACUUGUUGUAUAUAUAUAUGCCAAUAAGCUAUGGUGCAAUUAAAGACACAUUUUACCAAAUUCAAAUUUAAAUGAUUGACUUCAAUAUUCUAGAUUAUUCGAAAACAUUAUCUAAUGAAAAAUUAAAUAAUUAGUCGAAUUUCCUGAAGCGUUGUUUUCGACCUUCACCAAGUUAAAAUACUUCAUCAUUUCAGCGCGAUUUAAGUCAUGUCGAGAAAACUGAUAGAUUUUGUUUUUCUCUCUCGUCAGUCGAAUCAGACCCUGAUGCUGUGCCUAGGAGUUCAGACUGUUAUGAUUUUAAGCCCAUAGAGUGCCAGUUGUACAAAACCUGUGCAUCUCUUACCGCCAGAGAGAACUGUCCAAGAACCUGCCGAAUGUGCGAAGACUUCGCAUAGAGACGCACUGAAGUUUUACAAUCUGAACGAGAUUUUCACAUUAACAGAUGAAAAUUGUUGAUUGUUGUCC